AUGGAGGCGGAACAGCCUCUCUGGUAUCGGAUUCGAUAUAAGCUACGAGAACCGUUCGCUGAAUUCGUUGGUGUCUUUAUUCUGGUUCUUUUCGGAGAUGGCUCUAUAGCUCAGGUCAUUCUAAGUAAUAGAAAGAACGGAGAUUACCAGUCGAUCAAUUGGGGUUGGGGGCUUGGUCUGAUGCUCGGGGCCUACUGCUCAGGUAUAUCAGGGGCCCACCUAAACCCAGCCGUUACUCUCGCAAACUGCAUAUUUCGCAAAUUCCCAUGGAGGAAAUUCCCCGUGUAUGUGAUCGCUCAGAUGUUGGGUGGAUUCCUUGCCGCUGGGAUCGUCUAUGGGAACUAUAGAUCCGCUAUUGAUGUUUUUGAAGGAGGCGUUGGUAUCCGUACUGUGGGCCUCGAAACUUCCACCGCGGGCAUCUUCUGUACAUAUCCGGUCAGUUUCCUGACCAAAACAGGCCAGUUUUUUUCUGAACUUAUCGCCAGUGCGAUCCUUAUGUUCUGUAUCUUUGCUUUGCUCGACAACAAUAACAAUGGCGCUGGCAAUCUCACCCCAUUGGGUUUGUUCUUCGUGAUCUUUGGCAUAGGUGCCUGCUUUGGUUGGGAGACGGGAUAUGCGAUCAAUCUUGCGCGAGACUUUUCACCACGGUUGCUGUCAUAUAUAGUAGGAUAUGGCCCUGAGGUUCCAAUUGUUGCACCAUUCGUUGGAUGCACGCUAGGCGCGUUCCUCUAUGACGUUCUACUGUAUACAGGGGAAAGUCCCAUCAACACCCCCUGGAUGGGGUCCGAUCGUCUGCUGCGACCAACACCCGAGUAUCACCCUGUCGCCGCUUUUUUGCACCCUCCUUCACUUGAACUUCAAGGGGUACAUGGGAAUUGUCCCCGCAUGGAUCCAGGCAGUCGUGUGCAAUGUUCCAGGAUUCUACAGGAUACCUAUAUGAACAUCACACCAGCGAUCACACUCGCGGGUGCUGUUGUGGACUCAUUGACCUAG